AUGAGCAAUCACGUCAGAGAUAUACCUGGUAGUCCGAAAGAGAGCUACAAGAUGUUGUAUAGCUAUUUGUACAUGUUAGAGCAAGUGAAUCCGGGGACAAAAACCUGUUUGAAAUUGGAUGAUAGAAGUAAAUUUGAGUACCUUUUCAUAGCUUUGGGAGCUUGCAUUGAAGGGUUUGCAGUUAUGAGGAAGGUGAUAGCUGUGGAGGGGAUACGUCUGAAGAACGGUGGUGUUUUAGUUUUCGCGAAAGCUCAGGAUCCUAAUGGUCAGAGUUAUCCACUUGCGUUUGCAGUAGUAGAUGGUGAGAAUCUUGCUAGUUGGACUUGGUUUUUCGAGAUGCUUAAAAGUGUUAUACCAGACUCUUCUGAACUGGUUUUCAUUAGUACUCUUCAUCAGAGCUUGAUCUUCGCCAUAGGAAACGUAUUUCCACAGGCUCACCAUGGUCAUUGUUUAUGGCAUUUGAAGGAAAAGGUGAAAUUACAUGCUUGUAACGUCAACAAGAAUAUAGUCGGGCAAAAACUUAUGGAGUUGGGCAGAUAUUACACGGUUGAUGACUUCAAUUCUGCUUACGACUCAUUUAAGAUAAGAUGUCCAGCUGCGUACAAGUAUGUGGAGGAAUGUGGUAUUGAAAAGGACAAAUGGGCAAGGGUUUUUUUCCCACGUGAUAGGUACAACUUGGAUACAAGCAACACUCUGGGAUCAAUGAAGAACGUGUUUAAAGAGGCAACAAGAUCAAUGAAUACAAGACUGGUGCCUCGGGUUGAGAACUACUUGCACGAUUUAUGGGCUGUUGCACAUAAGUUACCUGUGCGGGAACUUGAUAGUUACAAGCUUAAGUACGAGAUCACUGACACUGCAGGAAAGGUGUUUUGGGCGACCUUGGUUGGAAAAACUUGUACUUGCAAGGUGUGGGACUAUGAAAAAUUCCCUUGUCUGCAUGGACUGGCAGCUUAUAUCUAUUUCGCUAGGAAUGUUGAUGGCAGGCGCCUUGAUAUCCAUGAGUUGUGCUCAAAAUACUACUGGACGGAAAUGUGGCAUUUGGCGUAUUCCAGAACACUUAAUGUUGUGCCCGACAUUGCUUCUUGGAAUGUACCAGAUCAGAUCAAGGAGCUUGGAAAUGAAUGCAAUUACUUCUCUUGGUUCGAUGAAGAGGUUGGUACAGAAUGGCAAAGGAGAGCAUUGCUUCAAGCCCGUGAUGAAAUCCGGGAGAAGGAUAAAGUGAUUGAGCAAUUACAGAAGACCAUUUCUGAAAUGAAAAGUCACUUGGAGAAGAAGAAGACAGGGAAGGGCGGGGGCGGGAAUGACGAAAAUGAAGAAGAUGACAUUGUUAGGAAGUUUGAAGAAUUGUAUGCUUAG